AUGCGGGGCUGGGGCGCGCUUCUCGCCCGCACCCCGCGGUUGCUGCUCCUGCUCCUGCUCCUGCUCCUGCUCCAGGCUUUUGCCGCUUCGGCUCUCGGGUCCGCCCCUGCGCCCAGGAACGAAACUUGUCUGGGGGAAAGCUGCUCACCUCCAGGGAACCAGCGUCACAGCAGGGACGCCUGGGGACCGGGUGCGGGCAGAGGGGCGGAGGCGUCGGCGGCGGAGCCCCCGGGCGCCUGGAGGUGGAAAGGUGCCCGGGAUCAGGAGCCCCCUGGAACUCUGGGGGGAGGGAACCCCACGGCCCUCCAACUCUUCCUUCAGACCUCAGAGGGAAAGGAGAAGGGUCCGAGAGGCGCUGGCAUUUUGGGGCACAGCCAGAAGCCGAGUGUGAGGACGCAACCCGGAGCCGGCGACCUUUACUACUGGCCGAGGAGAGCCGGGAAACACCAGGGCUCCCACCGCGACCCUCCACCCGACACGGCCAGUGGCCCAUCUGGGCGCGAAGGGCGGAUGAUCGCGCCCCCCGGCAGGGCGCUGGCCCAGAAUGCGUCCUCAGACGAAGGGGUCCACGAACGCGGGGACCCCCGCCGGGGAAACAGCACGAGCCGGCGCCUGCGACUGAAGAACCCCUUCUACCCGCUGACCCAGGAGUCGUACGGAGCCUACGCGGUCAUGUGUCUGUCGGUGGUGAUCUUUGGAACCGGCAUUAUUGGCAACCUGGCGGUGAUGUGCAUCGUGUGUCACAACUACUACAUGCGGAGCAUCUCCAACUCCCUCUUGGCCAACCUGGCCUUCUGGGACUUUCUUAUCAUCUUCUUCUGCCUUCCACUCGUCAUCUUUCACGAGCUGACCAAGAAGUGGCUGCUGGAAGACUUCUCCUGCAAGAUCGUGCCCUACAUCGAGGUCGCCUCUCUUGGAGUCACGACCUUCACCUUAUGCGCGCUGUGCAUAGACCGCUUCCGGGCCGCCACCAACGUGCAGAUGUACUAUGAGAUGAUCGAGAACUGCUCUUCCACGACUGCCAAGCUGGCGGUCAUAUGGGUGGGCGCCCUCCUGCUGGCGCUUCCAGAAGUCGUGCUGCGCCAGCUGAGCAAGGACGACCUGGGCUUCGGUGGCCGCGCGCCGGCCGAGCGCUGCGUCAUCAAGAUCUCCCCGGACCUGCCCGACACCGUCUACGUGCUGGCGCUCACCUACGACAGCGCCAGGCUCUGGUGGUACUUCGGCUGCUACUUCUGCCUGCCCACGCUUUUCACCAUCACCUGCUCCUUGGUGACUGCGCGGAAAAUCCGCAAAGCGGAGCGAGCGUGCACGCGGGGCAAUAAGCGGCAGAUCCACCUGGAGAGCCAGAUGAACUGCACGGUGGUGGCGCUCACCAUCUUAUACGGAUUUUGCACCAUUCCCGAAAAUAUCUGCAACAUCGUUACAGCCUACAUGGCCACGGGCGUGUCCCAGCAGACCAUGGACCUCCUUCAUAUCAUCAGCCAGUUCCUGCUGUUCUUCAAGUCCUGCGUCACCCCGGUCAUCCUGUUCUGCUUGUGCAAACCCUUCAGCCGCGCCUUCAUGGAGUGCUGCUGCUGCUGCUGCGACGAGUGCGCCCAGAAGUCCUCCGCGGCCACCAGCGAUGACAACGACAACGAGUACACCACGGAGCUGGAACUCUCGCCCUUCAGCACCAUCCGCCGGGAAAUGUCCACCUUUGCCUCUGUUGGAACGCACUGCUGAAGGGCGCUCGGGCCGGGCAGAUUUUUGUUGGUUUGAUUUUCAUACCCUGUGAAAGUUUUUACUUCCUAUUUUUCCUUACGGAGAAAUAAAUGCAAAAAAAGAAGAAAAAAAAAAAAGAAAAAGAGAGAGAGGAUUAACUACUGGAAAACUGACUCUGCAAAUUAAUAUUGCGCUUUGAAAAAAAUGUUUAUAUUUAGUUAUUUAAUAAGUACGAGGAGGCCAAUAGUUUUAGAUCCUUUUAUCCGGUAUGGUGCUAAUAUUUUAUUUGGAAAAAGUUAUUGCACCUUAAUUAAUUACUAAUUUUCUUUCUUUCCAAAGUAUAAUCACUGUACGUUGACCACAGCCACGUGAUUUUGUAGGUUAUAUUAUGUUUGAGUUGUGAUUGAAAGUGUAUUGUAUAUAGUGUCAUGAGAUGAUUUGAGAUGAUAAGAAACAUUCACAAAGUAGCACCAAAUAAAUGACACUUUAUUCUUUAA